UCCACUUUCCACUGCAAAGUCGACUUUGGACCCAAAAAUUUUACCUCAUCAACAAGAAAAGCACAGCCCACAUCCCAUAAAACUUCAUACAUCCUCCCUCAGUCUCCACAUAACGAAAUUACAAACCAUACUGAAUAUAUAACGGAGUGGAAUAGAUAGUUUAUAUGCAUUAUCAACACAGUUUUUGAGUUUUGACUCCACUUCCACCCCAGGAGUCAAAUUCCCCAGUUCAUCUUUCUUAUCUCUUUCAUCUUCAAUUCAGAAGUGACACAAAUCCAUAUCUUCUUUGUACAAAUGAUUCCCUCUACAAAAGUUGUUCUUCCCUGCUGAUCUUGCCGCUCUUCAAGCGCAGCAAGCCAUCUUCAUUCUAAUACUAGCUCUACUAGGUUAACAGCCGCAGCUUGGAGAGGGAAAAUUAAAGAUGAGAGCAGGAGGUUGUACAGUGCAACAGGCCCUAACAGCCGAGGCUGCAACUGUGGUUAAACAAGCGGUUAACCUCGCAAGAAGGCGAGGCCAUGCCCAAGUGACUCCCCUCCAUGUAGCCAACACCAUGCUUGCCUCCUCCACCGGCCUUCUUCGAACAGCUUGCCUUCAAUCUCAUUCCCACCCUCUCCAGUGCAAAGCCCUAGAACUCUGCUUCAAUGUCGCCCUCAACCGCUUGCCGGCCUCCACUUCUAGUCCUAUGUUGGCCCCUCAAUCCCACCACCCUUCUCUCUCUAAUGCGUUGGUUGCCGCCUUCAAGCGGGCGCAGGCCCAUCAGCGCCGUGGUUCCAUUGAGAACCAGCAACAACCCUUACUUGCUGUGAAAGUAGAGAUAGAACAACUCAUAAUCUCAAUCCUAGAUGACCCCAGUGUUAGUAGAGUGAUGAGAGAAGCCGGCUUCUCUAGUACCCAAGUGAAAAACAAUGUGGAACAAGCCGUCUCCCUAGAGAUCUGCUCUCAGAAUCCUUCUCUUAGUAUUAAGUCCAAGGAAAGUAACUCUCUUGCCCUUGGCAGUACUGUCUCCCAAUCUCCUUUGAGUCAGUUUGGACCCAAAGUCAGCAAACCAAGUCUGUUGGAUCAAGUCAGGAGUGAGGAUGUGGUGAGCGUGCUCGAGACUCUGAUGAAUAGAAGAAGGAGAAGUACAGUUAUUGUAGGAGAAUGUCUAGCUACCACAGAAGCUGUUGUUAGAGCGGUGAUGGAUAAGAUUGACAAGGGAGAUGUUCCUGAAGCUCUAAGAGAUGUUAAGUUUGUAUGUCUUCCUCUCUAUCCUUUUGGGAAUCUCUCCAAGGAGGAGGUUGAACAGAAGCUUGGGGAACUUAAGUGCCUUGUCAAAACUUGUGUCAGUAGAGGAGUUGUAUUGUAUCUGGGUGACCUUAAAUGGGCUGCUGAGGUUGGGGCGGGUUCUGGUGAGCAAGGAAGGAACUACUACUGGCCUCUGGAGCACAUGGUUAUGGAGAUUGGAAGGUUGUUAUGCGGAAUUGGAGAGAGUGGUAGGUUAUGGCUUAUGGGGAUUGCGACCUUCCAGACUUACAUGAGGUGCAGAAUUGGCAACCCUUCCUUGGAAACUAUCUGGGGGCUUCAUCCUCUUACAAUUCCUGUAGGUGGCUUGGGCUUGAGUCUUAGCUCUGACAGUGAUUCACAAGGUCAAUUCAGAAGCAAGAGAAUUGAAGAUGGGUCCGGUUCCCCCCUGCUUAAAGGUAGAGUGGAGAAGCAGCUCAGUUGUUGCAGUGAUUGCUCAGCAAAAUUCGAGAUGGAAGUUCGAAGCUUAACAAGCAGUUCUCACAACCAAGACUCAAGCUUACCUUCAUGGCUCCAACAGUACAAGGACGAGAACAAAAGAUUGACUGGUAACCAUCAGGACUCCAUCCAUGUCAAAGAUCUCUGCAAGAAAUGGAACUCAAUUUGCAGCUCAAUCCAUAACCACCAAAGCCUACCUGAGAGAACUCUAAAUUUCGCUUCAAUCUCACCUUCUUCCUCUACUUCGGUCUCUUCUCAUGAACGAGACUACUCUCACUUGCACCAAACCACUCAAGGCUGGCCUAUCGUUGUUGAACCCAAAAGGUCAUGUAGGGAACACCAUUUUUGGAUCUCUGACACCACAGUUGACGAAGGUUUUGAGCCCAAUCUGAGAAUGUAUUUUCCAGAUCAUAGGGAGCCAAAGCCAUCAUCUUUAUCUAAUCCCAACUCUGGCCCUAACUCCACCCCUACUUCAGCUUCUUCUAGCGAUGCAAUGGAAAUGGAGUGCUUGCAUAGAUUCAAAGAACUUAAUGCUGAGAACCUGAAGACCCUAUGUAAUGCAUUGGAACAGAAGGUUCCAUGGCAGAAAGACAUAAUUCCUGAAAUUGCAAGUACAAUCCUUCGGUGCAGAUCCGGAAUGAUAAGAAGAAAGGGAAAGUUUAGAAACAGUGAGACCAAAGAAAAUACUUGGCUGUUUUUCCAGGGUGUUGAUGUGGAAGGAAAAGAAAAGAUUGCUAGAGAGUUGGCUGGCCUUGUUUUUGGCUCUCAGAACUGCUUUAUUUCGAUCGGUCUGAGCAGUUUCUCAUCAACGAGGGCCGAUUCAACGGAUGAUUUUAGGAACAAAAGAUCUAGAGAUGAAUCGAGUUGCAGCUAUCUCGAGAGAUUCGCUGAAGCAGUUUCCAGUAAUCCACACCGUGUCUUUUUGAUGGAAGACGUAGAGCUGGUUGACUACUGUUCUCAGUUGGGCAUUAAGAAGGCAAUUGAGGGAGGAAGAAUUACAAAUUCCAAUGGGGAAGAAGUACGUCUGAAAGAUGCCAUUAUCAUUUUGAAUUGUGAAAGCUUCAGCUCCAGAUCGAGAGCCUGCUCUCCACCCGUCAAGCAGAAAUCCAGCGAGCCAGAAGAAAAGAAGACUGCAGGCGAUUGCGAUAACGAAACAAGCCCGAGUGUCUCCUUGGAUUUGAAUCUAUCUGCCGAAGAAGAUAAUGUCAACGAUCAGUCCAUUGACGACAUUGGACUUCUCGAAUCAGUUGAUAGACGGAUUAUUUUCAAAUUACAGGAGCUGUGAACAGAACCCCAUGUAGACAUUUUCUUCGGCUUGUAGUUUUGUUUCUUUACCAGAGACUUAGGUUCUCUUUUUGGUCUUUUUAAUAUAUAUAUUUUCAUGCCGGUUCCUGCAACAUUUCCUUUGGAUAUGGAUAUGGAAGAAAGAAUUGGCCAUGUAGAAUCACUUGUAUAUAUUAUCAUCAUCUUCUUCGUGUAAUUGGUUAUUUCUGGCUUUCCCAUUCUUUUCUUGUUUCUUUUUUGGGUUUCUGAUUUGAAUCAAAUGGCCGUUUAUUCCA